UGUGGUGACGCGUUGUUUUAUUUUUCACAUGGAAAAUGGCGGCUUGCAGCCCAAAUCGCGCUCCGGAUAGGGUAGAGGUAGGACAACUUACCGAAGCCGAACGGGAGAAUGAUCCCUGGGCAGCACUCGGGCCAGUCGUGAAGAGGGAUCCGGUGAUAAAGCUACUGAGUCCGGUCAGCGGCCUGGAGCCGCUCACGUGGUCUGAGGACCACCGAAUCUCGGCCUCAAGCACAAGUGGAAUUUCUUUGAUGGAGGUAGUGUGCGAUGUUCACGGCAAUAAGCAAGACUUGGUGCUGCACCGGACCUCCAUUCCCGUGCCGGACCAAGUCUGUGAACUCAAGGUAGGUCCAGCAGAAGAGCUGUUGAGGGCCAAAGACAAGUUCUCCAGCUCCAGUGACCCAGCGAUGAGCCAGUCCUUCAUGCUGGACAGAGUGCUCAAUCCCACCGUGGGCAUCCACAAGGGCAUCCUGUACACCAGCUGGUCCCCCCUGGGCUGUGACGUCAAUGGCCGGUGCCUCCUAGCCUCCCUCACCCUGGACCACCGGCUGACCGUCCACAGCAGCACCAAGCGUCUACAGUGGACUGUGGUGGCUGACCUGACCCAGCUGUAUGGAGAGAGCCUGGAGAGCAGAGGCUACUCCGUGCAGGGUGGGCAGCCCCCCAAGGCUAACCUCCUGGACCUGGCUGAGCUUCAGAGGCGCUACCGCAUGCAGACCCCUGUACGGAUGGAGUGGUCCAGUGUGUGCACCACGCAGCACGUCCAGACCAACAACGAGUGUAAAGACGUGGGAACGGUGCUGCUGGCCGUGCUGAUGGAGAACGGAGACCUGGUGGUGUGGCAGUUCUGCCUGCCCAUGCUGGGGAAGGACUCUGUGUUGUCCUGUAACACCAUCCAGUCUGGGGUGUUGUCCCCCAGUGUGCUGGCUUGGUGGGAGUACGAGCACAGCGGGCGCAAGAUGAGCGGCCUGAUCGUGGGCAGCAAGUUAGGGCCCGUCAAGAUCCUGCCUGUCAACCUGAAGGCGGUGAAGGGCUACUUCACCCUGCGCCAGCCAGUGGUCCUCUGGCAGGAGUCAGACCAGAUCCCUGUACACAACAUCAAGUGUAUCUCCCUGUUCCACCCCAAACAGAACUGUAACUGUAGCCUGGUGGUGGCGGCCAGGGGCUCCUACCUCUUCUGGUGCCUGCUGCUCAUCUCCAAGGCGGGCCUCAACGUGCACAACUCACACGUCACUGGCCUGCACUCCACCCCCAUCGUCUCCAUGACAGCCAGCCGCCAGGGCAGCUCCAUCUACACCUGUUCCAUGGACGGGACGGUCAAGAAGCUUACGCCCAUCUUUACCGAUAUGGCCGUGGCCUUUAAGCAGGAGGAGAUCGUGCUGCCAGAGGGUAUGGCAGGUCGGAGGAUGCACGGCAUCGCGGUCAGCCCCCACGGGGCGUACCUGGCCCUGGUCAGUACUGAGGGGAUGACCAACGGUCAGCACCCGGUCUCUAGGCCCUACCAGGUCCAGUUUGUGACCCUGAAGACGCCCAAUGACGCGGCGGCAGAAUUGCUGGAGUCCCCGGUCCAGAGCCUGUUCAAACAGACUGACCUGCUGGACCUGGUACGCUGGAGGGUGCUGAGGGACAAACGCAUCCCGGCCCUGCUGCAGGAGGAGUUGGACGACAAGGUACACAACACAGGCUCCCCCUACUUGUGGAGGUUAAAACUCUUCCUUGUGCGGGUGCUCUACCAGUCCCUGCAGAAGGCCCCUGUGGAGGCACGCUGGCGCCCCACACACGAGGAUUCCAAGGUGUUUGUGAAGGACGAGGAGGGGGGCGUGGCGGGAGAGGGUGGAGGAGGGGAAGAGGUGGUGUCGAAGCUGCAGGACCCAGAGGCCCGGGCGUUGGAGGAGCAGACGGGGGAGGUGAUAGCUUGGAUCGAGGCGGUGGAGGCCCACCUGACCAGGGAGCACAUGAAGAGGGUUUUGGGGGAGGUGUACCUUCACACCUGGAUCACUGAGAACACCAGCAUCCCCACGCGGGGUGUCUGUGACUUCCUCACUAGCGACCCCACGUAUGAGGACAGGGCUGCCCAGGUCCUGAUAGGUCACAUCCAGAAGAAGAUGAACAAGCAGACAUUCCCUGAGUACUGUAGUCUGUGUAAGGAGGUGCUGCCCUUCACAGACCGCAAGCAGGCUGUCUGCUCCAACGGACAUAUGUGGCUCAGGUGUGUGUUGUCCUACCAGGCGUGCCAGACACUCGCGUACAGACGCUGCCUGCUGCAGGAUAGCAUCGCCAGACUGCCAGUGCCUGAGGACCCAGACUGGAUCAAGAGGAUACUGCAGGGUCCGUGUACAUUCUGUGACUCUCCUCUCCUCUAGGACUAUAGGACAGGCUUGUGGAGAGCCAGGGUUACAUUGCCUGCAACACUUGUGCGCCUGCUUGGACUAGAUGGACAAUUUUCCUUAUUUUUACUUGUUACUUAUUGCCAAGCAUUAUUUAUUUGUUUAAAUGAAUUAUACCACAACCUUUUAAUUUAAAAAAAUAAAGGUUUUGAAUAUACAUUUGAAACCCCACUGAUAAGAAUAUGGUUUAUUAAGAGAGAAAGUUGAGUGUGUGGAGAUGGAUCUAACCUUUUCUCUGAGUUCAGACCCAUAAGUUAACCUCCUUUGUUACUGCAUUUCCAAACACGUGUGUGUUAUUCUGUUAGGCAAAAACAAGGGGGGGGCGGCCUUGGCGUGUCAGCCUUAUUUUAGGUUUAUUUCUGCCAUUAGAGAGCAACACAUACAUAUCCUCACUGACUGAGGGGAAACAAUCUAAAUGUAUGUUAUUUUAAUUGGCAGUGUAAAGCAAUUUCCAUGCUGCAUGUGGGAGAAAAAAAUGACUCUUAGAUGAGGACUUCCGAUAUUGUAGACGGAGAGAAAGAGAGGCGAGAGAGGAGUGUGAGGUAGGAAGAGAGGGAUAGAAAGUGUUUAAAACUGAUGCUGUGUCUCCCAUGGGUGCUGAUUGUAAUGAGAUUCCACAGUAAUGAGGAACAGAGCCGGGCGGCAGGCAGAUGUGAUGCUCGUUCUAAUCAAGGGGGGGGGGGGGGUUAGAGUGCAUAUUGUUAAAUACAAUUAACCCUUUUUUACUUUGGGAAGGAUGUGUACUUGAUGUGCUCUCCCCGCCGGUCCCCCCUCCCACUCCUUCCCCAUAUCUCGGAGACAUGGAGGUUAGUGGCCAGUGAUCAAAGAUGGAGUUGGACCUAGGAGACUGGGCUAGUAACAGCACUGCUCUCCAUCUUGUCGUCUCAUCCCUUACAUCCCCAUGCACAGUCCUGGCCAGGCAGAGGGGUGAGGUUCCACCCUCCCUCUGGUGUCACUGGAGAUGAUAGGCUGCCCUGGGGCUAGCCCUGCGAGAGGAAGCGGCCCGGCUCGCAGCUCUCAACACUUGAUGAGAGAGCCAGAGUUUUACCCAGAAUCCUCAGCCCAUUGUCAUCAGUAGACAUGUUCAGAGAUUAGUAGUUGAGUAAAUUUGGAUAAUUUGCCUGUUUUCUGUGGUCGAUAUGGCGGUAGUAUGUGUGCCACCACAGUAUUUUGACGAUCCACACUGAAAAUACGUCUUCAGGUUUUGAAUCAUUCAUUAGAAACUAGCACUUUGCGAAUUAUUAGCAUUCAAUAUUCUCUCAUUCAAAAUGACCAGUGGGGAUCUUUUUCUUAGACCAACUCUGUAGCGUUAUACGGAGCAUACAUUUUUUCAUGUGAUUGGCUCCCAGUAAGUGUCUUGUUUGUCAAGGGGAAGUGUUUCUUCAGGUGAGAAUGUUCUUGUCAUUGAUAGGUGGAGACCAGUGCUGUUAGAGGUUAGCUGUGUUUGUUUGAACAACCUCCUACUUUAAUAGAAUAAUCUGUCAAAGAUCAUUUCCACCAGUAAUUACCGUCUCCCCUCCCUUUCUUCCUCUGUCUUAGCUCUCACAAGACUUCAAAAGGAGGAUUCUUUAUGCAUACAAUAUUUAUAGCCUUCAUGUCAAUGGCUGGAUCGCGUAAAGCCUUCUUAACACCUUUUCACGCUUUUAUUUAAUAUGCUAUUCCUUUUGUUUGUUUAUCUAGUUAGAAUUUGAUAUGUCCUAUGCUGUUAUGUAUACAGAAGUCAGUGGAGGCUGGUGGGAGGAGCUAUAGGAGGACAGGCUCAUUGUAAUGGAAUAAAUGGAACAGUAUCAAACAUAGAAACCACGCGUUUGACUCUGUUCCUUUCAUUCCAUUCCAGCCAAUACAAUGAGCCUGUCAUCCUAUAGCUCCUCCCACUAGCCUCUGAUACAGCUGCAUUUUGCAGAACCCAAAUAUCUCUUCAUCCAUUUACACUGCAGCUGCUUCAUUACACUGGACAGUCUUAUGGGAUCAAAUCCAUCUGGUUUUUGUUAGUGUUUUUUUGUGUUCAUGUUGAUUUCUUACCUCUGUAUUUUGUCAUGUUUUGAGUAGUCGGCUCAUUCACGUCAUAGUUUAGAAUGGAAGGCUGAUGUUGGACAAAGGGUUUCCAUUGCAAUGUCUCACCUGGACUACCCAAUCUUCUGUCCUUUAGUCCUAUUUGGCAAUCUCAUGUCAACUAACGGAGUGCUGUAAAGCCAGAGACGCUGAUCCCUAUAGUACCCAAAUAUGACAGUACUCACUCCUCCCUUAUCUAGUGCUGUAAAUCCUUUUUUUCUUUGUCACUGUGCUGUUUCCCAACUUUCAUGUCCCUAUCGUAUUUGAUGGGGUCAUCAGGACUUUUCCAUGACCCUUAUCUGUAACCAAGAGUUCAUUGGAUGAUAUUUUCCUGAUGUGUAAAUAAACCUUUUUUAAGUCUUUGUA